UUUUGAAAAAUAUAAAUAUGUUUCCUUGUUUCAUUUAUGUACCUGUUUUUAAACAAUUGAAUUAAUCUGAAUUUAAACUUUUCAGUAAUAAAUGAAGACUAGCGAUAUUUCCAACAGAUGCAACCAUGCUCAUUUACUAUAGCAGCCAUCUUGUUUAUUUUUUUUUACUGUAAACUUAUAGCGCAAGAUUCAGGGGAAGCCACUCUAACUUUCAGAUGGCCGCUUUUUAUAUAGCAAAUCCUGCUCGCAAACACUGCUGUUUAAAAUCUAUUCAACAUGCUAACCAGUGGACCUUUGAAAUCCUUAAUUAUUUUUAUAGUACUUGAAUUACAAAAUUAAUUUACGAUGAUAGAAAAAUGGCACAGUUUUCAAAAUAUUUGAUGCUUUAUCUGUGUCGAAGACAGCACUUGUUUAUGUUAUGUAGGACUGUGAUGCAGAGUCCUCUUAGUAGGCUGACACUAGUAACAAAACCAGCUCAAAGCUUAGCAGUUCACAAGAGGUGUUUUUCUAAUGCAACGUUUAAAAAGAAUCACUAUGAAGUGCUAGGAAUUCCUCGUUCUGCGUCAAGGAAAGAAAUUCGACUUGCCUUCCUGAAAUUGUCUAAGAAAUUUCACCCUGAUGCAAAUAUUACAAGAAGUGACAAUGUUAAAACUAGAAGUGAAAGUCACAAACAAUUUGUGCUGGUCAAUGAAGCUUAUUCUGUUCUUAUUAAGCCCCUGUCACGCAAAGAGUAUGAUCUAACUCUAGAUGCUGAUAAAUAUGUAUCACGUCAUAUGAAUGCAUCUUCAAAUUCCUCCUAUACUUAUGGACAAAAUCCAGGUCAUGAUAAUUAUUACCAUCACAGAAACCCUUAUACCGAAGCGAACUGGAAUGUUAACUAUGACUAUGGAAAUAGUAAUGAAAAAUUUCACCUGUUUACCAAUAUUCAUUUUCAAAUCAUUUGCUUCACAACAGUCGUAAUAGUACUAGUUGUUUAUUAUGCAGAGAACUUUAUUCCCAACCCACAACUCAGACACUUGAGGAGGAAUUUGAGUAGAUACGAAAUUGAAAAACAUGAGUUGAUAAUGACCUCCCAGCACGAGGGUACUACCAUCUAUUAUUAUGCUAUUCCAAAAGAAAUAGGAUCUAAAGACUAUGAAGUUAUGGCUAUUCAGCGAAAUAAAAUAGGUGAAUCUGAUGAACCUGAGCUGGUUGAAGUUAACAGCGUAUAUGGCAAUAUAAUGAAAAAGGCAGAAGAAAGUUAGACAAGAUUUUCCUCGGAGCUGUUGACUUUUGGACUAACCAAAUCUGUGAUAGUGAGAACAGGUUUCACCUAACCUUACAUUAACUGUACACCGUUUUUUUUUGUUUUUUUUUUACCAAACUAGAUCUAUAAGCUAUUGAUAUUGAGGUAGAAGUGUUAAAGUGAAGCACCUAGUUUCAUGUCAUUCAGUAGGCUACUUGUACUUUGUGCAUUCUUCCUACUGUUAUAGCCUUUUGCGGAAAAAAAAAAACAAUUUUAUUUGGAAUGGUUUUUAUUAAACAGUGUAAUUUCAGUGUAUAAUUUA